AUGAGUGUCCCGAUGUCUCUGCGCUCGGCCUUGGUGCCAUGCCGAGAAGUCCCCAGCGCCUAUCCAAGGAACUCACGUGCUAUGGUCAAGACCGCUUUGGUGCAAUCACGAUGCGUUCCCUUCUUAGCCAUCCGACGAAGCCACCUUGGUCAGCUGUCAUCUUCAAAGGCGUCCCAGACCCCCAGAAGAUAUGCGACUGCUGUAUCUGCGCCACCUGUUCCAGUCGUACCUUUUUCCUCCUUGACCGUGGGCGUGCCUCGUGAGACCUAUCCGAACGAGCGUCGUGUUGCCUUGACGCCGCAGAAUGUUGCCCUGUUGCUCAAGAAGGGAUUUUCGCGGGUCCUGGUUGAACGUGGCGCUGGAGAGGAGGCCCAGAUACAUGAUCGAGUGUACGAGCAAGCAGGGGCAAUACUGGUCGACCGGAACUCCAUCUGGUCCCAGAGCAACAUCAUCUUGAAAGUCCGCAGUCCCCAGCAGCAAGGACCCAUCGAUGAGAUUGGAGCACUUCGUCAGGGAAGCACGAUUAUUUCAUUCCUCUAUCCGGCACAGAACAGACCACUGGUCGAGCAACUUUCCUCGCGUGGUGUCACAGCUUUUGCCAUGGAUAUGAUACCGAGAAUAUCUCGUGCGCAGACAUACGAUGCUUUGAGUUCUAUGGCCAACAUUGCUGGGUAUAAGGCUGUACUGGAAGCGUCCAAUCAUUUUGGCCGAUUUUUGACAGGUCAAGUUACUGCCGCUGGAAAGAUACCACCUAGCAAAGUUCUUGUCAUUGGAGCUGGCGUAGCUGGUCUAAGUGCAAUUGCAUCGGCCCGUCGCCUGGGAGCUAUUGUUCGAGGAUUCGAUACCCGCUCUGCUGCCCGCGAACAAGUUCAAUCUCUGGGUGCAGAGUUCAUCGAGGUGGAUAUCCAAGAAGAAGGCUCGGGACAGGGUGGAUAUGCUAAAGAAAUGUCGAAAGAGUUCAUUGAAGCGGAGAUGAAGCUCUUUAUGGAACAGUGUCGAGAAGUGGAUAUCAUCAUCACCACGGCUCUCAUCCCAGGAAGACCGGCGCCUAAGCUCAUUACAAAAGAGAUGGUCACUGCUAUGAAGCCCGGAUCCGUCAUCGUCGACCUUGCGGCAGAAGCGGGCGGCAACUGCGAAGCUACCGUUCCUGGACAAUUGACAAAGUUCGAAGACGUUACUGUUGUAGGAUAUACCGAUCUUCCGUCGCGGCUGCCAACUCAAUCCUCCACGCUGUAUUCCAACAACAUCACCAAGUACCUAUUGUCCAUGACUCCCCAAGACAAGUCCUUUGGCAUAGAUUUGUCUGAUGAAGUUGUUCGCGGUUCUAUCGUUACCCUCAACGGAGAAAUAGUCCCGCCUGCACCGCGGCCCGCACCACCACCUGCGCCUAAGCAGGAGGCCACUGCGCCUGCAAAGGAGCAAGCGGGGCUGGCAUUGUCACCUUGGCAGAAAGCCACGCGCGAUGUUGCGACCACAACUGCUGCCAUGGGAUCUGUUGUUGCUCUGGGCAAGGCUACAGGACCGGUUUUCAUGGGUAACAUGCUGACAUUUGGGCUGGCCGGCCUAGUCGGCUACCGUGCAGUAUGGGGCGUUGCGCCAGCGCUUCACUCUCCCUUGAUGAGCGUGACCAAUGCUAUUUCGGGUAUGGUCGGAGUCGGCGGCUUUUUCAUCAUGGGUGGAGGAUACGUGCCUACUACGAUUCCCGAAGCGCUGGGGGCUGCCUCGGUGCUGCUGGCAUUUAUGAACGUUUCCGGGGGCUUUGUGAUUACCAAACGCAUGCUGGAUAUGUUCAAGCGUCCAACCGACCCGCCUGAAUAUCCAUGGCUUUAUGCUAUACCGGCCGUCUUGUUUGGCGGAGGCUUUCUCGCCGCUGCCAGCACUGGGAUGGCAGGACUAGUACAAGCUGGAUAUCUUGUCAGUAGUGUGCUUUGCAUUGCUUCGAUCUCUGGCCUCGCUUCUCAGCACACUGCUAGACGCGGCAAUAUUCUUGGUAUCCUUGGAGUAGGCGCCGGUAUCAUUGCUUCUCUGGCUGCCGUAGGAUUCUCUCCUGAAGUCCUGACUCAAUUUGGUGCAGUGGCUGGUGUUGGUUCCCUUGUUGCACUAAUCGGACGACGGAUUACCCCAACUGGACUUCCUCAGACUGUUGCUGCUCUUCAUUCCGUGGUUGGGCUGGCGGCCGUGCUUACCAGUAUAGGAAGCGUGUUGGUCGAUGUUUCUGACAUAUCGACCUUGCACAUGGUGACGGCAUAUCUGGGUGUUCUAAUUGCAGGCGGUGUUACAUUCACCGGGUCUAUCGUAGCUUUCCUGAAGCUCGCCGGUCGUGUAUCUUCGAGACCUAUGAUACUUCCUGGUCGACACUUGAUCAAUUCAACUCUUCUCGGGAGUAAUGUCGCUGCAAUGGGAGCUUUUCUUACCAUGGCACCUGGAUCUCCAGCAAUCGCAGCGACAUGCUUAGGUGCAAACACCUUGCUCAGCUUCCUCAAGGGAUAUACUACGACUGCCGCUAUUGGCGGAGCCGACAUGCCUGUGGUGAUCACCGUCCUCAAUGCAUACUCCGGAUUUGCUCUGGUUGCAGAAGGCUUUAUGCUCAACAACCCUCUUCUCACCAGCGUCGGGUCUCUUAUUGGAGUGAGCGGUUCGAUCCUGUCGUACAUUAUGUGUGUUGCUAUGAAUCGAUCCCUGACCAACGUCCUGUUCGGUGGUAUUGCGGCUCCUCAACAGGCAAAGAAGAUCGAAGGCCAGGUGACCCAGACGACUGUUGACGACACAGUGGAAGCAUUAUCGAAUGCGGAAAGCGUCAUUAUUGUGGUUGGCUAUGGCAUGGCUGUAGCAAAGGCGCAGUAUGCUCUGGCCGAGAUUGUGCGUAUGCUCCGCGCCAAAGGCAUCACGGUGCGGUUUGCAAUCCAUCCCGUUGCGGGUAGAAUGCCCGGUCAAUGCAAUGUCCUUUUGGCAGAGGCAUCUGUGCCUUAUGAUAUUGUGCUGGAAAUGGAUGAGAUCAACGAUGAUUUCCCUGAUACCGACGUCACUCUUGUUAUUGGGGCAAACGACACCGUCAACCCAAGCGCCUUGGAGCCUGAUUCUCCGAUCUCGGGCAUGCCGGUGCUACACGCCUGGAAGAGCAAGGAAGUGGUUGUGAUGAAGCGCAGCAUGUCCAGCGGAUAUGCCGACGUACCGAACCCGAUGUUCUUUAUGCCUGGAACGAGGAUGUUGUUUGGUGAUGCAAAGACAUCAUGUGAUGCCAUCAAAACUGCUUUGGAAGCACGUAAAUAGCUGUGUAUACCUGCCUGGAACUAUAUCUAUCAAUUGGAGGAACUGGUUGGAUAUUUAGGAUGUCUCUAGUUACAUUGCAGUUGAUAAUAUCAUGGAUGCACA